UUCAUUGGACUUUUCGGACUCGGACGCUCACUUCUCAUGGGAAUAAGAAGCUUUAUUUUGUAGCGCGAUCAGAAAAAAUACUUGAAUUACCCAUAGCGAAUUCAUUAGUUUUUAACAAUUAAUUCCGGAAGUACGAAUGCUGGCGGUAUCAUUCAAUUCUUCACAGGUUUCACGAAACUACGUUAAGCUAGCAAUAUCCUUAGUUGAGAAGACUCGUCUGUCAGGCUCCAUGCUGGAAGGAGACUCGGAAGACUAAAUUGUGGAAAUAUGGCUUUUAAAAGGCGUUAACACAAUAAGGUUCAGCGUGCUGUCAUUAAUGUAUUGUUGAUACCAAUGGAAAGCUCAGUGAUUGGUCUUCGUCUAUCCUUGAAGCAACGAUAUUUUCUUCUACUUUGCGUCGCUGCCGCGGGAAUAAUUAUGUAUCGCUUUACAAGGAACCACCCUGAAACAAGAAGAAUGAACCGUGUGGAGGGCCUGAGAGCCAACUCUUCUCAGUUCACUCUGGAGAGAAAACCUUUCCUCAUCUUGGGAGGCUCCAUUCAUUACUUCCGUGUCCCAAGAGCUUACUGGGAGGACCGGCUGCUGAAGAUGAAGGCCUGUGGCCUUAAUACUCUGACUACAUAUGUUCCUUGGAACCUGCACGAGCCAGAGCGGGGGGUCUUCAAGUUUGAGGAUCAGCUAGAUUUAGAAGCCUACCUACGUCUUGCAGCCAGCUUGGGCCUCUGGGUGAUUCUGCGACCAGGGCCUUACAUCUGUGCUGAGUGGGACUUAGGGGGACUACCCAGCUGGCUGCUAAGGGAUCCCCAGAUGAAACUGAGAACAACCUACUCUGGAUUCACCGAUGCAGCCAACUCCUUUUUUGAUGAGGUCAUAAAGAAAGUCGUCCCACAUCAGUACUCCAAGGGUGGCCCGAUUAUAGCAGUUCAAGUGGAGAAUGAAUAUGGCUCCUAUGCUACAGAUGAAAAUUACAUGCCCUUCAUCAAGGAGGCGCUAUUGUCAAGGGGUAUCACAGAGCUGCUGCUGACCUCAGACAACAAGGACGGGCUGAAGCUUGGAGGAGUGAAAGGAGCUCUGGAAACCAUCAAUUUUCAAAAACUGGACCCAGAUGAAAUCAAGUAUCUGGAACAAAUACAACCUCAGAAACCUAAAAUGGUGAUGGAGUACUGGUCUGGCUGGUUUGAUCUCUGGGGCGGGCUCCACCAUGUUUACACUGCUGAAGAAAUGAUACCUGUGGUGACCAAAAUCCUUAAGCUGGACAUGUCCAUCAACCUUUACAUGUUCCACGGGGGGACAAAUUUUGGCUUCAUGAGUGGGGCCUUUGCUGUUGGACUACCGGCACCUGAACCCAUGGUAACAAGCUACGAUUACGAUGCUCCAUUAUCCGAGGCUGGGGAUUACACCAACAAGUACCAUCUUCUGAGGAAUUUAUUCAGCCACUACCACACUCAGCCUCUCCCUGAACUGCCCCCUGUUCAUGAGCGGAGAGCAUACCAGCCCGCUGUCAUCCAGCAGCACAUCUCUCUGUGGGACAGUCUGCGCUUCACUGACAAGCCUUUCAAGUCGGAGAGGCCGGUGAACAUGGAGAAUCUCCCCGUGAACAAUAACAAUGGUCAGUCAUAUGGCUACACGCUCUAUGAGACCACCAUCACCAGUGGCGGAGCUCUCAAGUCGCAGAACAAUGUCAGAGACAGAGCUCUGGUUUUUGUGGAUAAACAUUUUGUAGGCGUUUUGGACUAUACGGUGCAAGAACUUGCUGUACCUGAUGGGAAGGGAAAAAGAACUCUGGGCUUACUGGUGGAGAACUGUGGAAGAGUGAAUUAUGGAAAAACCCUGGAUGAACAGCGCAAAGGUCUUGUUGGCGAUAUUCUGCUAAACGAGCACACCCUCCGAGACUUCAAUAUUCACAGUCUGGAUAUGAAGCCUGCCUUUGUAAACAGACUGGAGAGUGCAGGUCACUGGAUGUCCAUGCGCCAUCAGCCCUCCUUCCCAGGGUUUUUCCACAGCAGACUCUAUGUGAACGGCUCACCUCAAGACACCUUCAUCAAACUCCCUGGUUGGAGCAAAGGUGUUGUGUUCAUCAAUGGCAAGAAUCUGGGACGUUACUGGUCCACUGGUCCUCAGCAAACUCUCUAUGUCCCAGGACCCUGGCUUCACAGGGGUGACAACCAGGUCAUAGUGUUUGAAGAGCAGGAAACAGAUGGUAAGAUCCAGUUCGCCAGCAGCCCAGACUAUGGCAUGACUAUUGAUGUCCAGUGAGGAGAACAAGAGGGAAGGGUGGAUUAAGAGAGGAAGAGGGAGGAGGAUGGGAGGAUAGCGUGGGAGGACACGACCGCUGUAAGCUGCACUGACGCCUUUCUGCAACUCAAAAACACUCAAGACUUACACGUCAGUGAGCACGACAUCAGAAAUGCAGCUGUGUAACCAACUUCCUCACAGCAGUUUCUCAUUGCUGUGUGUUUGCAGCUUUGUUUUUAAUUUAUUUUCUUAACAGAUUUAACCUUAAACCCUGAAACGUAAUUGGAGAUCAAGAAACGGAAGGAGAGUGAACUUGAUUAUAAUAAAUGUUCUUCCUCUGAAAGACUUAAUUUAUUGCUUGCAUCCAGACUGUAUAACAACAAUGUGUGAAUAAAGAGUUGUUUGACCUCUCUGCCACUAACCAAGGCCGAGGAAACCUUUAAA